CCCGCCCGCCUCAGAGCGCGGCGCCGGGAGGGGAGCGGUGACCGGGAGGUGCUGCCAACGCCCCGAUCCUGCUGAGGAGCCUCCACGCUCGCCAGCCUUCCUCCUCCUCCUCCUCCUCCUCCUCGAGGGCCUCGAGCAGCCCGCCGAGCUCUGCCGUGCCGCCUGCAGGAGCCUGGGUGUGCCGGGCCCGUCGUGCAGCCCCAUGGCCGGGAACGCUGAGGUGGCGUCCCUGGAGGAGAGCUUCCGCAAAUUCGCCAUCUACGGCGACACCAAGGCCACGGGGCAGGAGAUGAACGGCAAGAACUGGGCCAAGCUGUGCAAGGACUGCAAAGUCACCGACGGCAAAAGCGUCACCAGCACCGACGUGGACAUUGUCUUCUCCAAGGUGAAAGGGAAGACAGCCCGGGUCAUCAACUACGAGGAGUUCAAGAAGGCGCUGGAGGAGCUGGCCCCCAAGAGGUUUAAGGACAAGAGCAAAGAGGAGGCCUAUGAAGCCAUCUGCCAGCUGGUGGCAGGGAAGGAGCCCAUCAACGUGGGUGUCACGAAAGCCAAGACAGUGGGAGCCGUGGAGAGGCUGACGGACACCUCCAAGUACACGGGCUCCCACAAGGAGCGCUUCGACGAGAGCGGCAAGGGCAAGGGCAAGAGCGGCCGGGAGAACAUCGUGGACACCAGCGGCUACGUCAGUGCCUACAAGAACGCGGGCACCUACGACGCCAAAGUCAAAAAGUAGGGACGGGUGCCUGUGGUGCCCCCGGCCCGGGGCUCGGUCACAGCCCCGGGACGUGCCCGUGAGUGGGCCCGGGAGGCCGCGCUGGGGCUGGGGCCGGCCCGGGCUGGCGGGAUCGGCCCCCGGCGCUGGCGGGAUCGGGGAAAUCGCCGGGCCCAGAGCUCUGCCCCAGCGCUGCGUCCGUCCCCCCCGUGCUGUGAUCCCCUCCGUGUCCCCCGUGCUGUCACCGCAGCCCACACCGCACUAACAGCGCCGCUCCUCAGGGCUCCCCUGCCCGCCGGCACCCACACCUGCCCUACCUCAGCCCCGGCCGUCGGGGCACCCUCCGCGUCCCACCGGGCACCGCCGCUGCGCUCCCUCCGGGACCUGCCUUAACCCGCAGCAGCUCCACCGCAGCCGCCUCCUGCCCUCCCCUGGGGCUGCCCGGCCCGGCCCUGCCGCCCCCCGGCGCUCGAGGUCAGACCCUGCGGUGCCGUUUGUGCCGGGGCUGCUCCCGGCCCAGCCCGGGAUGCACCCGCGACAUUUGGUGUCGCCGGGCCACCGGCAAAGGUCUCCGACCCGAACCCCGCUGGCUCCCGCUCCCUUCGUGAAGCCCAAACCAAAGGAUGCUGCAGGCCCGCGCUGUAACCCGGCUCUGCAAUAAACCCCGUCCGCACUGA